AUGGCUCGCAAGAAGAGGACUGACGAAGAGGCGGCUGCCGGCGCCGCGCCGGCUGCCAGCACGGGCGGAGCGGCGGGGCACGCCGCCCCCAAAACCAGUGACGCUGGCCAAAGCAACAACAGUAAAGCGGGCGCAGGAGGAGGGCCGGGGCGGCAGAACAGGAAGGGAGGGGAGGCAGCGUCUCGGCCGGGCGGCGCAGCGGCCGCGUCUGCAGCCACCGAGGGCGACCGCAGCGCCGCUGCCGAGGCUUCCUCGCCGAAAGCCGGCGGCGGCGCUGCAAAGGAAGUUUCAAGAGAGGCGGAAGCCGCCUCGGGGAGCGCGGAGAGCUCGCCGGGCUCCGCGGCGGUGCCGCGGCGCGAGAUCGACAUGACGGGCCUGUCCGCGAGCCAGAAGAAGAACUUGAAGAAAAAGCUGCGCAAGCAGGAGCAGAAGCAGCAGGCCGCGGAACUCAGCAACGCCUUGCGAGUGGGCGCGGGGGCGGCCACGCUGGCCAGCCGGCUGAACGCAGUGGCCCAGCAGUGGGCGAAGCGCGUGGCGGAGCUGGAGGCCAGCAGCUCGAAGGUGGACUCUGGGGCCGGCGUGAAGCAAAUUUUCGAAGCCGUGGAGCUGCUGCAGAAGGAAAUGCAAGAAACUCUCGAAGAGGAGGUGGGGCGGGCCAAAAAGCCCAUCAACAAGCGCGCCACAGUGCAGCAGGUGCAGGAGAAGAUCCGGGAGGCGGAGCUGACGAUCCAGAAGCAGCAAAAGGAGCAGCAAAAGGCUGCGGCGCUGCAGUCGAAGGCCAAGGGCGAGGCGGCCGCCGCGGAGGCCGGCGCUGCCACGGCUUUGCAAAUGGAGGAAGCCAUGCGCUACCUCUUCCACUUGAAGGAGCAGCUGGUGCUGACGCAGCAGCAGAGCGACUUGCGCGAAUUCCAGCAGCAAAUUGCAGAACUCAAAGCCUCGCUGGACCAAAUUGCAAAGCAAGCCCAAAGAGCCGCGCAGCAAGCCGCCAGCGCCUCCGACAGCCGCCGCGCGCAGCAGCGCGAGGGGCUGCUGCGCCGCCGCCUCCGCGAAGUCGGCGCUGCGAUCCCCGAGCAAAGCGGGGCCCCCCUGGCCUCCGUGGGGGUUUCUUUGCCCCCCGAGGCGAGCUACAUCUUGCUGACUCCGCAGGGGCAGCCUUCGCUGCUGCUGCGCAAGGUGGAGCGCAAGUUCGGGGUGCUGGCUGAGAAGAAGAGCGCGGGCGACCGCGGCGUCACCCUCAGCCUCCUCAGCUACUCCCCGGAGGCCUGCGACAAGUGCGCAGCCUUCCUCAGCGCAUGCAACUUCCCCCAGGUGCCCCUGGGCCUCGCCACGGCCCCCAACUGCCUCUCCCUCGAGGGCCAGAGCAUCGGCGCCUUCAUCGGCGCCGGCGGCUCCAACCUCCGCAGGCUCGAGGCGGAGCUCGACGUCCUCCUCUGGCUCGAGGACAAGUGGAUUACUGUCCUUGGCCACGAGGCUGCAGUCAAGAAGGCGAUUCCCCACAUCAAGGAGUCGCGCUCGCCGCCUUCCGCGAGCGACGCCGCGCUGGCGGUGCUCAAGUGCGAAUUCGCAGCCGAAGUGGUCCGGGCCAUGGCCCAGGGCAGCGCCAAGACCAGAGAAAAGCUGCAGCAGCUCGAAAGCAGCUUCGGAGUCACCAUUUUGGUGCGGCCGCUGCGCCGCGGCGACCCCAGCAAGGUGGCCGAGGUGGCCGUCCGCAGCGCCGACGCGGAGGCCUGCAAGAAGGCCUGCGCGGAGCUGGAGAAUGCCUUCAAAGGAUUCAGCGCGAGGUCUGUGGAGUGCGACAGACUGAAGGCCAACAGGAUUCUCCGCGGGGCAGCUGUUGACUUCUCCAGCAUUCCCGGACACGAGCUGAUCUCGCUGCUGCGCUGCGACGACGGAGUUCUGCUGGUGGGGCCGUCGGAGGCGCUGGCGGCCGCGGCGGAGGCGCUGGGCACAGCCAUUGACCAGCUGGCCCGCACGACGGAGACCGUGGAGAUCAAGGCGACGCAGCUGCGCAUUCUUGACCGCACGAAGAGGCAAGAAAUCGAGAGUCUGAGCGGCGCCUCGUGCAGACCCCCGCUGCACGAGGGGGAGAAGGUGACCCUGACCUUCAGCGGGCACCCCGACGCCGUGCAGAAGGCCAUCGAACUGGUGCAUCAAACUCUGGAGGAGCAGAAGGAGGAGGAACUCGAGCUUUCGCUCGCAGCCGCCCUCCUGUUCCUCGUGGACAAGAGCCACCGCGCGCUGGAGGAUGACCACGGCCUCCGCAUCCGAGUGGACGUGCCCAGGAAGUGCCUCAUUGUCCGCGGCGGCACGGGGGGCCUCGACGCCGUUGCAGAGGCCAUCAAGAGGGUGGAAGAGGAGGUCACGCGCAGCGGCAAGAUCGCGGCCACGCUGGACGUCCCGCGCGAGGCAGUGCCGCUCAUCCUGGGCCGCCAGGGCGUGAACGUGCGGCGGCUGCAGAGCGAGUGCAACUUGGACAACAUUGUGAUUGACGGCCGCCCGCAGGCGGUGUACUUGCUGGGCUCGCAAGACGCAGUGCAGCAGGCCACGACGAUGGUGCAGGAAAUCGUGGCCAACAGCGCGGGCUCGCGCGCCCAAAACGGAGUCGAAGGAACCGACAGGCGCCCGAGAAUGGGCGGCCGAGGCGGCGGCCGCGGCGGGCGAAACGAAGCGCCGGGCCGCGGCGAAGAGGCUGCUGCUUCCCGCAAGAAAGCGGGGGGCGGCCGCCCCGCAGCCCCCCCGAAACCCUACAAUGCAAAUGUUGACGACGAGACUGCUUUCCCUUCCCUGGGCGUUUGCACAGCGCGCCCGGGGGGCCGCUGGCAGAAGAAGUCGCCCGCUGCUGAGGGCGAAGCCCACGCAGCCACUGAAGCGCCUGCGCAGGCGACAAGUGACGCCCAAGCAGAGCCCGAGUUUGCAGGGGCAGAUGAGGCUGCGAACUAG